GCUGGAAGCUUGGGGAAGAAGCCCUGUCCAGGGGGCUGGCACGGGAGCCCGUGGGCAGGCAGAGGGAGAGGACACGCCACGGCUGGCUCUGCUGCAGCCAGGAUGGGCCUGACGGUGGCUCAGACAGGCUUUGCGGUCCUGGUGUUGCUCCAGUGUUGCUCUGCAUACAAACUGGUCUGCUACUACACCAGCUGGUCCCAGUACCGGGAGGGUGACGGGAGCUGCUUCCCGGACACCAUCGACCCCUUCCUCUGCACCCACGUCAUCUACAGCUUUGCCAACAUAAGCAGCAAUGAGAUCGACACCUGGGAGUGGAAUGAUGUGUCGCUCUAUGACUCACUGAAUGCCCUCAAGAAAAGAAACCCCAAUCUGAAGACCCUCCUGUCUGUUGGAGGAUGGAGCUUUGGCUCUCAAAGAUUUUCCAACCUAGCCUCCAAUACUGAGAGUCGCCAGACUUUCAUCAAGUCAGUGCCGCCAUUUCUGCGGGCCCAUGGCUUCGACGGGCUGGACCUAUCCUGGCUCUACCCUGGACGGAGAGACAAGCAGCAUUUCACCACCCUGGUCAAGGAAAUGAAGGCUGAGUUUGCAAAGGAAGUCCAACCAGGAACAGAGCCACUCCUGCUCAGUGCAGCUGUGUCUGCAGGGAAGGUCAACAUUGACCAUGGCUAUGAUAUCCCCCAGAUAUCCCAACACCUGGAUUUCAUCAACCUCUUGACCUACAACUUUCAUGGAGCCUGGAGCAAGACCACAGGACAUCACAGCCCCCUAUUCAAAGGCCAGGCGGACGCAAGGACUGACAGAUUCAACAACGUUGACUAUGCUGUGGGGUACAUGGUGAGGCUGGGUGCCCCGGCCAACAAGUUGGUAAUGGGCAUCCCCACUUUUGGGGGGAGCUUCACCUUGGCAUCUGCAGAGACGGGCAUCAGAGCCCCGGCCUCGGGGCCAGGUCUACCAGGACGCUUCUCCAAGGAGGAAGGAAUGCUCGCCUACUAUGAGAUCUGUGACUUCCUCCGUGGAGCCACAGUCCAUCAACUCCUGGACCAGCAGGUCCCCUACGCCAUCAAGGGCAACCAGUGGGUGGGGUACGAUGACCCAGAGAGCAUCAAAAGCAAGGUACAGUACCUGAGGCAAAAGCAGCUGGCAGGAGCCAUGGUGUGGACCCUGGACUUGGAUGACUUCCGGGGCUCCUUCUGUGGCCAGAAUAUGCGUUUCCCUCUCAUCAGAACCAUCAGGGAUGCACUUGAUGCGCCUUAGCCCUCUCGUCGUUCUGCACCCAGUGGGAGCCAGGGAAGCCUCCACACCCUGGCUCCACCUGCCCUGAUCACCUGUCCUUUUUGAGUUCCAGGAUGAGCCCCAGUCUCCCUUCCUUGGAACCUGCCUGGAGGGCCACAGAUCUGAGAUUUGAGCUCAGCUCUGGUGGACAAGGAGGUAGGGGUUUGGGCCUGGGGUCAGUGAGGCCUCAGAACCCUCUCGGUGUUAAGACACACGCUUGAUAUACACUCGUUGAUUAAUGAAAAUGUUCACAGACCCCAAGCCUGCAACAGGGGAAUUCUUUGACACAGUUACCCCCAGCCCUCCUUGCCCAAAGACACCAUUUUGGCAAGCUCUACUGCCAAGUAGCCAAACAUCUUAAUACGAAGCAAAUGGUCUUACUAAUUAUACCCUAUGCAAAGCCCAACUUGAAACCUUCACCUAGGAACAUAAUCACAUCUCCCAUCCCACUUCCCUUUCCUAAAUCCACAGCUGCUCAAUAAAGUACGAAAGCUUAA